AUGUCCGGGGAAGAGGCAGCGGCGGCCCCGGCCCCGGCCCCCGCCGAGCAGGCGCCCCCGGCGGAGCAGCAGGCGGCGGGCGGCGGGGACGCGCCCCCGGCGGAGUCCCAGUACCGGGCCCUGGUGCUCUCGGGCUUCGGCGGCUACGAGAAGGUGAAGGUGCAGGUGCGGCGGGGCGAGCCCAGCCCGCGGCCCGGGGAGCUCGCCGUGCGGGUCCGAGCCUGCGGCCUCAACUUCGCCGACCUGCUGGCCCGGCAGGGGCUGUACGAGCGACUGCCGCCGCCGCCCGUCUCCCCCGGCAUGGAGUGCGCGGGCACCGUGCUGGCGCUGGGCGAGGGGGUCACCGGCCGCCAGGUUGGUGAUAAGGUGAUGGUGCUGGCCAGAGCAGGGCUCUGGCAGGAAGUCGUGACUGUCCCAGCCAAUCAGACUUACCUGAUGCCUGACGGAAUGAGCUUCGAGGAAGCGGCCGCCUUUCUGGUCAACUACAUCACGGCGUACAUGAUCCUCUUUGACUUUGGGAACCUGAGACCCAACCAGAGCGUCCUCAUCCACAUGGCUGCCGGGGGGGUAGGAACGGCCGCCAUUCAGCUCUGCAAGACGGUGGAGAACGUCACCAUCUUUGGCACUGCCUCUGCCUCCAAGCACGACUCCCUCAGGGAAAGCGGGGUCACUCACCCAAUUGACUACAGGAGCAUGGAUUACGUGGAGGAAGUCCGGAAAAUCUCCCCAAAAGGAGUCGAUAUUGUUUUGGAUCCACUGGGAGGAUCGGACACUUCCAAAGCAUUCAACCUCCUGAAGCCAAUGGGCAAACUCAUAACCUAUGGGGUGGCCAACCUGCUCACUGGGCAGAAGAAGAACCUGAUGGCCAUGGCGAAGACAUGGUGGAACCAGUUCAGUAUCAACGCGCUGCAGCUCCUGCACCUCAACAAAGCCGUGUGCGGCUACCACCUGGGUUACAUGGAUGAAGAGUUUGAGCUCAUUGGGGGUGUUGUGGCCAAGCUGGUUAGCCUGUACAACCAGGGCAAAAUCAAACCCAAAAUAGACUCCGUAUGGCCCUUUGAGCAGGUGGCAGAUGCCAUGAGGCAGAUGCAAGAGAAGAAGAAUGUUGGGAAAGUCAUCCUAGUUCCUGAACUGCCGAAGGAAGAACCCAAAAAAGAGGAAAACUAA